CUUAUGUUCUAAGUUUCAAGCGCCGCCACCAUAGUUGGUCUUAGUCUUGUAAAUUGUGAUUGAUCUUAGAAAGAUGGCAUCAGAGCUUCAGCUUCCCCCUGGAUUCAGAUUCCAUCCGACGGACGAGGAGCUGGUGAAGGACUAUCUCUGCCGCAAAUGCACGUCGCAGCCCAUCGCCGUUCCCAUCAUCGCCGAAAUCGACCUCUACAAAUACGACCCUUGGGACCUACCAGGAUUGGCUUCUUACGGAGAGAAGGAGUGGUACUUCUUCUCACCCCGGGACCGGAAGUACCCGAACGGUUCCAGGCCCAACCGGGCCGCUGGAACCGGGUACUGGAAGGCAACCGGGGCGGAUAAGCCCAUUGGUCAGCCCAAACCGGUUGGGAUCAAGAAAGCCUUGGUGUUUUACGCAGGGAAAGCCCCGAAAGGAGACAAAACCAAUUGGAUCAUGCACGAGUAUCGUCUGGCCGAUGUGGAUCGCUCCGUUCGCCGAAAGAACAGUUUAAGGUUGGAUGAUUGGGUGCUAUGCCGAAUUUACAACAAGAAGGGGACGAUCGAAAAACAAGAAGCAAAGCGCGAGGCGGUUGGCGUUAGGCAGAAAAUGGAAUCGUCGGAGAUGGAAGAGAAGAAGCCGGUGAUUGUGAGCGGCGGAGGGCGUGUAGCGGCGAUGACGGACUACAUGUACUUCGACCCGUCGGAUUCAGUCCCGAAGCUGCACACGGAGUCGAGCUGUUCGGAGCAGGUGGUGUCGCCGGAAUUCGCGAGCGAGGUGCAGAGCGAGCCCAAGUGGGUGGAGUUUGAUUAUAAUUACGUGGAUGGGCUGGGGGCCCAAUUCGAGAGCAGUAAUAAUGAAAUGUCGGAUAUGUUCUGGUACUGGGCCAAGCCCUAGUGAGCCGAUUGGCAUUGCAGGGCAGCACGAGACUGAGGCAAGGUCCAUGAGUGUGCCUGUGCGUUAGACAGUGUUAGAUAGAAGAUGAAGAUGAAGAUGUAGAUUUAUGUGUCCCGUGCUUCAUGUGUACAGCUAUUGUAGAAUGUAGAUAGCAAUUAGCAAGCUACACCUUCUUCUUAUGUCGUACUUCCCUCCCACCUUCUAAUUAAUAUUUCCUCCAUUAUAAAUUAACUAGCUCUAUUUUUCUCUUUUUAAAUUCA